UCGUGCGGUACACAACAGGCGGCAAGUGAGCGCGGCGCUGGCAGCGGGCGGAGCAGCGUUACGACCGGACUCGGAGCGAGAAGGUCAACAGAGCGUGGUGGUCUGGGCAGACAACUUUUAAGAGACCUAUUUCGAAACAGUCGUGUCGGUUGUUACGGACUGUUACCAACGGCGAUGAGGCUUGCGAGUGGACGUUCAGCGGUAGACUCGCGUAUGGCGGAGUAGUGUUUCUCUCUCCCCCCCCCCCGACCGGUUUCAUUUUGUGUUCGCUUCACGUUGUCUACGAGAGGUCGUAACUUUUUCUCGUUUGGUUUUGUUGGACGCUCUCUUGUAUGACAGUGUGAACUAUCCAAGCUCCGUUAUUUCUCAUUAUGGCGGAAGCAGCCCAGCCACACUUAGUGGAAAUUGACCCGGAUUUUGAGCCCCUGUCGCGUCCCCGGUCAUGCACUUGGCCCCUGCCCCGACCGGAGUUCAUCAACCCGGGCGACUCCAACACAUCGUCCCCGGUUCCGUCCGUGAAACAGGAGCCGGCCGGUAACGCCGACUUCAUCAACAAUCUCAGCCUCUUAGAGGAGACCGAGGACUUUCCCGAGCAGAAGCCCGGCGUGCUGUGCAGUGAUUUCCAGUGCCGGGAAAACUGUGUUCACCAGCAACCUCCGCACCAUCAGCAGCGACACCCGAGCCCGCAACUCCCGCAUCAGCAACAGGUGUCCGUGCUGUCGUCCCCGCCGGUGGGCUCCACGUCGUCGCCGCCGCCGUCGUCGUCCGCCUCCUCCUCCUCCUCCUCCUCGUCGGCGGCGGCGGCCGCCGCUGCCGCCGCUGCCCAAAGGAAGAGCAGCUCCUCCCGGCGUAACGCAUGGGGGAAUAUGUCAUAUGCAGAUCUCAUAACUAAAGCCAUCGAGAGCUCCCCGGAGAACCGGCUCACUCUGUCGCAGAUUUACGACUGGAUGGUGAAGAGCGUACCGUAUUUCAAGGAUAAAGGAGACAGCAACAGCUCGGCGGGUUGGAAGAACUCCAUCAGGCACAACCUGUCGCUGCACAGCCGCUUCGUGCGUGUUCAGAACGAGGGAACGGGGAAAAGCUCGUGGUGGAUGCUGAACCCCGAGGGCGGAAAGAGCGGAAAGUCUCCUCGGCGCAGAGCGGCCUCCAUGGACAACAACAGCAAGUUCAGCAAGAGCAGGGGAAGAGCCACAAAGAAAAAGCUUUCCCUCCAGGGUGGCCCUGAGGGAGGAGCAGACAGCCCAGGCUCCUACACUAAGUGGCCUGGCAGCCCCAACUCCCACAGCAAUGAUGACUUUGAUGCCUGGAACAGCUUCAGGCCGCGCACCAGCUCCAAUGCCAGCACACUAAGCGGUCGCCUAUCACCCUUUAUGCCUGAGGAUGACCUGGCGGACGGUGAUGUACAUAUGGUCUACCCUGGAGCUUCUGCGGCCAAGAUGACAGCCACACUGCCGAGCCUGACUGAGAUGACCAGCUCUUUGGGGCACAGCUCUGAGAACGUGAUGGAGAACCUACUUGACAACCUCAAUUUGCUCUCGCCCAACAACUCCCAGGUGGGAGGCGGGACCAAUACUCCAGGCUCCUCUCAGUCCUCUCCUUCUUCUAUGAUGCAGGCCAGCCCGGGGUAUCCCUCUUACAGCUCCCCAAGCAUGGGCCCCCAGCCGCAACAGGACUACCGCAAGUGUGUGUACGGCCAGGCUGGAAUGAACACCCUGCCAGCCAUGCCCCUGCAGACACUGACAGAGACCAAGCCCAGCUUCGGGCCCUCUAUGGGUCAGUACAGCUGCCCCGCAGGGCUCCUGAAAGAACUGCUGACCUCAGACACAGACCAGCAUGGAGAGCUCAUGCCUUCAGUGGACACUGUGGUAUCUCAGUCCAGUGGAGGCUGCAUGCUGCCUCCGUAUAGUAGUGGCCAACAUGGAGGCAAACUCAUGGCAGGAGGGAACCCUCACCCUCAUGGCCUUUCUCACACUCACCCUCACAAUGUACACAGCCAAGCCCCAGCUACAUCAACAGCUAUGAAUGGUCGCUUGCUGAUGUCACUUAACCACAGCAGGGGGACCACACGUUUGCCUGCCACCAAAAGCCCCAUGCAAAUGCCCUAUGGCCUCUCGACUCACCUCAGCGGGGGAGAGAUGUCCGGUGGAUUCUGCCCUCUCACUACCAAUGGUUACGGUCGACCAAGUUUCGCACCACCCCCACACCCAGAGAAGUUGCCCAGUGACCUGGAUGACAUGUCCAUUGAAAGGUUUGAGUGUGACAUGGAGUCAAUUCUCCACGACACUCUGAUGGACGGAGACUCUCUGGACUUCAACUUUGAGCCCAUGGUUACCCAGCAAGGCUUCCCUCACGGGGUGAAGACCACUACACAUAGCUGGGUAUCGGGGUAGAGGAUGAGAAUACGGUCCAUCUACCUGCUGACAGGCUCCUCUCGAUUGACUCAUUGCUGUUACUGUUUUGUCACAAAACUCAGUGACGAUUCAUUUCAGUUGAAAAGCAGCCUAUUCUCGCCUGCCCCAAAAGUGCCCUGACCCACCCCCUGCUGAUCCUGUACCUUAAGCAUUUCAAUUUCAAAGUGCUUUUGUUUCCUUAUUUCCUUUUCAACAGGCUGACACUGGUCAUGAACUGCUAAAGACAUGUUUCCAGUUCUUGAAUGAUGAAAUCCGAGUUAUUUUUGAAAUAUGAAGCGUCGUGUGCAAACCAAGUGCCAAACGCUUUGCCUUAACUUCAGAGCCAAACUGAAGCACACCUCUGGUUUACUCACAAAUGUUGCAGAUCCUAUACAUUGGGUUAUGUAGAGAUAAACGUUUGCCUAUGGUGUGUGCUGCUAUGUGCAGUAUACAUAAUUGCGAGAGCAGCAUAAAUCAUAAGGCAGCACAAACUUUCAACACGCAUAUACUUUUCAUUUGGUUUCCACAAUACUAGUCUUUGUAUCAACUGUGCGGUGAUAAUUACAUGACUUACCACUACGCAGGAGUUAUAAAGUUAAUUGUGACAUUUAUGCCUUGGUAGGGGAGAGAAGAAGUUGCAUUGACUUUUUAUUUAUGAGCGAAACCCCUCGAGGAGUUCCUGGAUGAUGUUACAUAACCGUCUCUCCUAUUGCCUGAAUCAGUUGUACAUACAUUGACAUAUUGAUUUGUAAAAUGCAGUCUCAAAGUGUGUUUUCCAAGACUGUGCAUAGUGUUUACAGAACGGAAAUUUAAAAAAAAAAGAAAAAAGCAGCAGACAUUGUUCACAGCUAAAAAAAAAAACUGGGUUAGGCACAGAUUACUUUUAAUGGGAAGACGUGUGGAUCAGAGUGGAUUGUUCUGGCUUAAGAAUGACUCUGGAUCAGGCUGUAAAAAGAUUAAUGCAUUUUCUUAAUUACUUGUAUAUACAUUGAAAUGUAUAUUGAAAUGAUAUAGCAGAUGUUAACUAGAUUUAGUACGUGUCUGAGACUUAAAUUAUUUGUGGUUAAUAUAGAUUUAUGUGGGUGCAUAAUCUGCACAAAGAUAUCAGAUCUGUUCUUUGGGUCCUUUGUCACUCUUAACCUUAAUACCACAGGGGCCUAUUUAUUGUGCCUAAUAGAGUAGUAGACAACUGCAGGGGUGAAGCCAUUUUUUUUGUUUUUUUUUUGCAAAGCCCAUGUUAUGGAAAAUACUUACAUCCAGAAGUCUUGAAGAAAAGCACAGUGCAUUCUCUCUUUUUCUUUUUUCUUUUUUUGGUGGAAGUGCCCUGCUUUCAUUAUUUAGUCAAAGACCGGAUGUGUGAUUGGCUGACCGUGGUCUGUUUUUGUCAGGUUGUUCCUGAGCUCCGUCUGGCACUACGACUGUAGUGAGUCCAGGUCAGCGCAGGUCAGUGGGCAAAAUAUGUUUUCAGUGCUACUGUUUUUUUCACCCCGGGACAAGGUCUACGUCCGGGAGAGCGAACAUCAUGAAAAGACACUGUGAUUAACCAGUCUGUCCCCCCGUUCAGUUCCACAAUUUGUUUUGUUCGCUUCAUUGAAUUCAAAUAUUAUUGUUUUUUGACGUGAUUUUUAUGCGGUCGACAGAGCCCUUUAAUGCUGUCAAUACGAUUGACGUUACUGCUUUUAAGAGGCCCUGCUUCUGCCGUGCCUCUGCUACCUCUACCUGUCUCUGCCUCUCUGUCCAAGGGUUGUUUUUUUGGUGGCCAGCGUGUGUCUUUUGACGAUUUAACACAUCGGUAACAAAUGUGACUUGACUCCUUGUAUCAUCUUUUGUUAUACUGGAUGCAGUUGGAGUUGUCUUUGCGAUUGCCCCCUACCCGAUUAGCACCACUAAGUGUUAAGGAUAUUGUGUACAUUUUGCGUUUUCUGUGUUGCGUCUCUCGGUUGUUGCUGCGCUAACGCUUUACCCGUCAGCCUGUCUGCGGCUUCUGACACAGAGUCGCAACUCUUCUGCAUCGCUCCGACGAGCUGCGUGAAGGUCAGGUUGAUGAAGGUCAGGUUGGUGAAGAUGAGGUUGGUGAAGGUCAGGUUGGUGAAGGUUAGGUUGGUGAACUUGACUGCUUCUCGUUAAGUUGAGCUGAUGUCCAGGCGGCACGCGGGGUUGACGACUAAAACCGGCGGCCGAGUUUCAGAUUUAGACGGCCGUCCUGUCCGUAGUGGACGCCGGUUUUCAUUGCAGCCAGACUUGAGGGGACGGUAGAAAACGGACGUUGUGGGAGGUGAAGUAGUUGAAAUCAGCUGAUGUCGUUAUUUGUUUGGAGUAUAUAUAUAACAUUUUUUUAAAAAAACAGCCUGUUCUUGGACUUUGGUGAUGGCGCUCGAUUGGAAACCCGUGGUCGUAGAUGUUGAGAAGGCCGGGGUGAGGUGGUGGUGGGGUAAUGGGGGGGCUCUAGAGGGGGCAAGAGAAGGAAAUUAAGCUUGCUACAUUUCAAAGGGCUCUGCUGAGAAGCCGUCGAAGAAGCUGCUGUUUGGCUUAGGUGCCAGGUGUUGCCUUCAUCCACCCAAACAUGCCAUAGUGUACUAUAGCCAAAUCUGCCUUUGAAGUCAAACCUAUAUAAUAGCAUUUUUAUCAUGUGAUAUGUUCAGAAUUAUAUAUUUGUGCCGGUCACUCAAGUCAGGAUGAACUUUAAUGAAUCCAUGUAGUCAGUGUCACAGGGUUCAACUCUACACAUAGAAAAAAAUUUAAAGAGCUGUAGUAAGUAAAUUAUAUCUGCAUUUUUUUUAAAUGAUCGAAUCUAUGCAUUGUAUUCCUUAAUUUUAUGUUGCUAUUGUUAUAUUUACAUUUUUAUUUUGAACCUAUGACAGAUAAUAUUUUAUUGUAUCAUAGCGCUGUGAGAUAUUAUGGUAUUUGUUGUUGUUAAAAUUGUACGUUGCAGAUAGUUAUAUUGGGGAAAAAAUGAAGUUUAUUUAGAAAAAAAAGAUGAUGCAGUGAUUGAUAUGCUAAGCUUUUGUAAACUGACAAUGUUGUAUUUCUUGUAUUUAGCUUCGUAGAAAAAGGCGUAAAAAAAACAAAAUACUAAGAAAAAUAAAUGUAAAGAUAUAUACAUUUUUAAAAUGAAAAUUAAAAAAAAAACAACAUAUUCAGUCUGUAGAAUAAUCUCUGCUCGGACGGCAGAUUCUGGACCAAUUUUUGUAAUUUUAUGCGUAGAAAAGAUAUUGCACUUUUACUUACAUUUUAUAACAAAGUGCUCCUCAUUAACAGGAGGGAGAGUGUACCCAUUACAUAUUUUAAAAACAACCUCUGUUACAUUCAACAUAUGUACAGGAAGAAAUUUGAGCUGUGCUGUGUGAUUUGCAAUCAAUAAGGGUAUAUAACUUGUUCAUCAUUAAUGUAUUAACACCUAAAUAAAUGUACCUCUGUGUUAAAUAACUGCUUUUGUCCCUAGCUUUAUUUAGAAAAAAAAAUUUCACAGCAAAACCGUCACGGAAGUUUUGUCACCAGCGAAG